CCUCUGCGCCUGCGCCGUAAGGCCCGGUGGUGGCAAGCCCAGAGCUGAGAACCCAGCCGCCUGCGCCCGGGCGUGCGCUGUGAUGGCGGCUGCUGGGGUCCGCGGAGGCGGCGGCGGUGGCGGCGGAGGCGGUGGCGGCGGCUCGGGGUCCAGCUCUGGCUCCAGCACCUCCCGAGGCUUUUAUUUCAACACAGUGCUUUCACUGGCCCGCUCCCUGGCUGUGCAGAGACCUGCAUCCUUGGAAAAGGUUCAAAAGCUGCUUUGCAUGUGCCCAGUAGAUUUCCAUGGAAUCUUCCAACUCGAUGAAAGACGGAGAGAUGCAGUGAUUGCAUUGGGCAUUUUUCUCAUUGAGUCUGAUCUUCAGCACAAAGAUUGUGUUGUUCCUUAUCUUCUUCGACUUCUCAAGGGUCUUCCAAAAGUAUAUUGGGUAGAAGAGAGCACAGCUCGGAAAGGCAGAGGUAACCUCCCAGUGGCAGAGAGCUUCAGCUUCUGCCUGGUGACCUUGCUGUCUGAUGUGGCUUGCAGGGACCCCUCACUUAGGGAUGAGAUUUUAGAGGCAAUUUUGCAGGUUUUACAUGUCCUUUUGGGAAUGUGCCAGGCCUUGGAGAUUCAAGAAAAAGAAUACCUUUGCAAGUACGCAAUCCCAUGCCUGAUAGGAAUCUCGAGGUCUUUUGGACGGUACAGCAGCUCGGAAGAGUCUCUCCUCUCAAAGCUUUUCCCCAGAGCUUCUCCUCACUCCCUGAGAAUCCCAGAAGAGCUAGAAGGGGUCCGGAGGCGUUCCUUUAAUGACUUCCGCUCCAUCCUGCCCAGCAACCUGCUGACUGUCUGUCAGGAGGGCACACUGAAGAGGAAAACCAGCAGUGUGUCCAGCAUCUCUCAGGUUAGCCCAGAACGUGGCAUACCCCCUCCCAGCUCCCCUGGAGGAUCUGCGUUUCACUAUUUUGAAGCUUCUUGCCUGCCUGAUGGGACUGCCUUGGAGCCUGAAUACUACUUCUCUACCAUCAGCUCCAGUUUUUCUAUCUCUCCCCUGUUCAAUGGUAUUACCUAUAAGGAGUUCUGUAUUCCACUGGAAAUGCUUCGGGAACUCUUAAACUUGGUGAAGAAGAUCGUUGAGGAGCCUGUUCUCAAAUCCUUAGAUGCAAUUGUAGCCAGCGUGAUGGAGGCCAAUCCCAGUGCUGAUCUGUACUAUACAACCUUCAGUGAUCCCCUCUACCUGACCAUGUUCAAGAUGCUUCGAGAUACUCUGUACUACAUGAAAGAUCUACCCACCUCCUUUGUGAAAGAGAUCCAUGAUUUUGUGUUGGAGCAGUUCAACAUGAGCCAAGGGGAGCUCCAAAAGAUUCUACAUGACGCAGACAGGAUCCACAGUGAGAUGAGCCCACUCAAACUGCGCUGCCAAGCAAACGCUGCCUGCGUGGACCUCAUGGUGUGGGCUGUGAAGGAUGAGCAGGGUGCAGAAAAUCUUUGCAUCAAGCUGUCUGAAAAGCUGCAGUCCAAGACGUCCAGCAAGGUCAUCAUUGCCCAUUUGCCCUUGCUGAUCUGCUGCCUACAGGGUCUGGGCCGCCUGUGUGAAAGGUUCCCGGUGGUGGUCCACUCAGUCACGCCAUCUUUGAGAGACUUUCUGGUAAUUCCAUCCCCAGUGCUGGUGAAGCUCUAUAAGUACCACAGUCAGUACCACACAGUUGCUGGCAGUGAUAUAAAAAUAAGUGUCACCAAUGAGCAUUCCGAGUCAACUCUGAAUGUCUUGCCGGGCAAGAAGAACCAACCAUCCAUGUAUGAGCAGCUCCGGGACAUCGCCAUUGACAACAUCUGCAGGUGCCUGAAGGCCGGCCUCACCGUGGACCCUGUGAUCGUGGAGGCCUUCCUGGCCAGCCUCUCCAACAGGCUCUACAUUUCCCAGGAGAGCGACAAGGAUGCUCACUUGAUUCCUGACCAUACCAUCCGUGCUUUGGGACACAUUGCAGUGGCUCUGAGGGACACCCCAAAGGUCAUGGAGCCAAUUCUGCAGAUCCUGCAGCAGAAAUUUUGCCAGCCUCCCUCGCCCCUUGAUGUGCUCAUCAUCGACCAGCUGGGCUGCCUGGUUAUCACUGGAAAUCAAUACAUUUAUCAGGAAGUGUGGAAUCUCUUCCAGCAAAUCAGUGUGAAGGCCAGUUCAGUUGUGUAUUCGGCCACCAAAGACUAUAAAGACCAUGGCUACAGGCACUGCUCCCUAGCAGUCAUCAAUGCCCUGGCCAACAUCGCAGCCAACAUUCAGGAGGAGCAUCUUGUGGACGAGCUGUUGAUGAACCUGCUGGAACUGUUUGUGCAGCUGGGGCUGGAGGGGAAAAGAGCCAGCGAGAGGGCCAGUGAGAAGGGGCCUGCCCUGAAGGCGUCCAGCAGUGCAGGGAAUUUGGGAGUGCUCAUUCCUGUGAUAGCUGUGCUCACCCGAAGAUUGCCACCCAUCAAAGAAGCUAAACCUAGGCUACAAAAGCUUUUCCGGGAUUUCUGGCUCUACUCUGUGCUAAUGGGAUUCGCUGUGGAAGGCUCAGGACUCUGGCCAGAAGAGUGGUAUGAGGGAGUCUGUGAAAUAGCUACCAAGUCACCUCUGCUUACCUUUCCCAGCAAAGAGCCUCUGCGAUCAGUCCUCCAGUACAAUUCAGCUAUGAAAAAUGAUACGGUUACCCCUGCUGAACUGAGUGAGCUCCGAAGUACCAUCAUCAACUUGCUAGAUCCUCCUCCUGAGGUGUCUGCCCUCAUCAACAAGCUGGACUUUGCCAUGUCUACCUAUCUCUUGUCUGUGUAUCGGCUGGAGUACAUGAGGGUACUGCGUUCUACAGAUCCAGAUCGCUUCCAGGUAAUGUUCUGCUACUUUGAGGAUAAAGCUAUUCAGAAAGACAAAUCUGGGAUGAUGCAGUGUGUCAUUGCUGUUGCUGACAAAGUGUUUGAUGCUUUCCUGAACAUGAUGGCAGAAAAAGCUAAGACCAAGGAGAAUGAAGAGGAGCUGGAGCGGCAUGCCCAGUUUCUGCUGGUAAACUUCAACCAUAUCCAUAAGAGGAUAAGGAGAGUAGCUGACAAAUACCUCUCUGGUCUGGUGGAUAAGUUUCCACACUUGCUCUGGAGCGGGACUGUGCUGAAGACCAUGUUGGACAUCCUGCAGACCCUGUCACUGUCACUAAGUGCUGAUAUUCACAAGGACCAACCUUACUAUGACAUUCCUGAUGCCCCCUAUCGGAUCACGGUUCCUGACACAUAUGAAGCCCGGGAGAGCAUCGUGAAAGACUUUGCUGCGCGCUGUGGAAUGAUCCUGCAGGAAGCCAUGAAGUGGGCACCCACAGUCACUAAGUCCCACCUACAGGAAUAUCUGAACAAGCAUCAGAACUGGGUGUCAGGACUGUCCCAGCACACAGGAUUGGCCAUGGCCACUGAAAGCAUCCUUCAUUUUGCCGGCUACAACAAGCAGAACACAACGCUUGGGGCAACUCAGCUAACUGAGCGCCCGGCCUGUGUGAAGAAAGACUACUCCAACUUCAUGGCAUCCUUGAAUUUGCGCAACCGCUAUGCCGGCGAGGUACAUGGAAUGAUUCGCUUCUCAGGUGCCACAGGCCAGAUGUCUGACCUGAACAAAAUGAUGGUCCAGGAUCUGAUCACAGCUUUGGACCACAGUCAUCCUCAGCACUAUACACAAGCCAUGUUCAAAUUAACAGCAAUGCUCAUUAGCAGCAAAGAUUGUGACCCACAGCUCCUCCAUCAUCUGUGUUGGGGUCCCCUGCGGAUGUUCAAUGAGCAUGGCAUGGAGACUGCACUAGCCUGCUGGGAGUGGCUGCUGGCUGGCAAGAACGGAGUGGAAGUGCCGUUUAUGCGGGAGAUGGCAGGAGCCUGGCACAUGACAGUUGAGCAGAAGUUCGGCCUCUUUUCUGUGGAAACAAAGGAAGCAGACCCCCUGGCAGCAUCAGAAGCAAGUCAGCCAAGACCGUGUCCCCCUGAAGUGACACCUCACUACAUCUGGAUCGAUUUCCUGGUCCAGCGGUUUGAGAUCGCCAAGUACUGUAGCUCUGACCAGGUGGAGAUCUUCUCAAGCCUGCUGCAGCGCUCCAUGUCCCUCAAUAUUGGUGGAGCCAGGGGGAGCAUGAACAGGCAUGUGGCGGCCAUUGGACCACGUUUCAAACUGCUGACCUUGGGGCUGUCCCUCCUGCAUGCUGAUGUGGUUCCAAAUGCAACCAUUCGAAACGUGCUUCGAGAGAAGAUAUACUCAACAGCCUUUGACUAUUUCAGCUGUCCACCUCUGUUUCCAUCUCUCCAGCAUCAGGAACUUGCCAAGCUCUCUUCCUUGUGAUGCCAUGUCUUGAGCCACCUCAUCCCAGAGCCUUCAUUGUGUUUACCCACAGAUAACCAGGAUACCCGAAGCAACUUGGAUAUAACUGUGGGCUCUCGACAACAGGCUACACAGGGCUGGAUCAACACUUACCCCCUCUCCAGUGGCAUGUCAACCAUCUCCAAAAAGUCAGGUAUGUCUAAGAAAACCAACCGGGGCUCCCAGCUGCACAAGUACUACAUGAAACGCAGGACACUGCUGCUGUCACUAUUGGCCACUGAAAUCGAGCGCCUCAUCACUUGGUACAACCCACUAUCAGCCCCAGAGCUAGAGCUGGACCAGGCAGGAGAGAACAGUGUUGCCAACUGGAGGUCCAAGUACAUCAGCUUGAGUGAGAAGCAGUGGAAGGACAACGUGAACCUUGCCUGGAGCAUCUCUCCAUACCUCGCUGUGCAGCUGCCAGCCAGGUUCAAGAAUACAGAAGCCAUUGGGAAUGAAGUGACACGUCUGGUUCGCUUGGACCCAGGAGCUGUUAGUGAUGUCCCUGAAGCCAUCAAGUUCCUUGUCACCUGGCACACCAUCGAUGCUGAUGCUCCAGAGCUCAGCCAUGUUCUAUGCUGGGCACCCACGGACCCACCCACAGGCCUCUCCUACUUCUCCAGCAUGUACCCACCACACCCUCUCACUGCACAGUACGGGGUCAAAGUCCUGCGGUCCUUCCCUCCGGAUGCCAUUCUGUUCUACAUCCCCCAGAUUGUGCAGGCCCUCAGAUAUGACAAGAUGGGCUAUGUACGUGAAUACAUCCUCUGGGCUGCAGCCAAAUCCCAGCUUCUGGCACACCAGUUUAUUUGGAACAUGAAAACUAACAUCUACCUUGAUGAAGAAGGGCACCAGAAAGACCCUGACAUUGGUGACCUUCUGGAGCAGUUAGUAGAAGAGAUCACAGGGUCUCUAUCAGGCCCAGCCAAAGAUUUCUAUCAACGGGAAUUUGAUUUCUUUAACAAGAUCACAAACGUGUCAGCCAUCAUCAAGCCCUACCCUAAAGGCGAUGAAAGGAAGAAGGCUUGUCUGUCAGCUCUGUCUGAAGUGAAGGUGCAGCCCGGCUGCUACCUGCCCAGCAACCCUGAAGCCAUCGUGCUAGACAUUGACUACAAGUCAGGGACACCAAUGCAGAGUGCCGCAAAAGCGCCAUAUCUGGCCAAGUUUAAGGUGAAGCGAUGCGGAGUGAGCGAACUUGAAAAAGAAGGUCUGCAGUGCCGCUCAGACGCAGAGGAUGAGUGCUUCAGCCAAGACGCUGAUGGCAAGAAGAUCUGCUGGCAAGCAGCCAUCUUCAAAGUGGGGGAUGACUGCCGACAGGACAUGUUAGCCCUGCAGAUCAUCGACCUCUUCAAGAACAUCUUCCAGCUGGUUGGCCUGGACCUCUUCGUUUUUCCCUAUCGGGUAGUGGCUACUGCCCCUGGGUGCGGAGUGAUUGAGUGCAUCCCGGACUGCACCUCCCGGGACCAGCUGGGCCGCCAGACCGACUUUGGCAUGUACGACUACUUUACACGCCAGUAUGGGGAUGAAUCUACCUUGGCCUUCCAGCAGGCACGCUACAACUUUAUUCGAAGCAUGGCCGCCUACAGCCUCCUGCUGUUCCUGCUGCAGAUCAAGGACAGGCACAAUGGCAACAUCAUGCUGGACAAGAAGGGGCACAUCAUCCACAUCGACUUUGGCUUCAUGUUUGAAAGCUCACCGGGUGGCAACCUUGGCUGGGAACCAGACAUCAAGCUGACAGACGAGAUGGUGAUGAUUAUGGGGGGCAAAAUGGAAGCCACACCCUUCAAGUGGUUCAUGGAGAUGUGUGUCCGAGGUUAUCUGGCUGUGCGCCCCUAUAUGGAUGCAGUCGUCUCCCUGGUGACACUCAUGUUGGACACAGGCCUGCCCUGUUUCCGAGGCCAGACAAUCAAACUUUUGAAACACAGGUUCAGCCCAAACAUGACAGAGCGGGAGGCUGCGAAUUUUAUCAUGAAGGUCAUCCAGAACUGUUUCCUCAGCAAUAGGAGCCGGACCUAUGACAUGAUCCAGUACUACCAGAACGAUAUCCCCUACUAAGAAGCCGAGCACCUGAAGCCUUGAGUGUCACAGAGCAACUUGUACUGCCACCCUAGGCCUGGCUGUGGGGGCAACGGGCACAUGGACAGGUGUGAGUCUCUUUCACACUGGACACAUUCCCUGUUUGUUCACCUGUCUUACUACAUUGGUACAUGAAGUAUUUUCUUGUGUAAACAUGAAAAAAAUAAAAAUCCCAAAAUGUG